GAAAGAUGGAAUUAAAACAGAUGAAAGAUGGAUGAACAAAAUUAAAAAUUUCCCAGAACCUACUAAUCUUAAACAACUAAGAGGAUUUUUAGGAAUUGCCUCUUAUUACUGGCGAUUUAUAGAAGGAUUUUCCAAAAUUGCCAUACCUUUGAACCAGCUACUGAAAAAAGAUGAACCCUAUCUGUGGACAGAAAAACAUUAA